CUCACUGUGCUCAACCUCAGCUGGAACCAAAUCUCCGACGGCGGGCUGCAGGAGCUCGACCACGUGCUGGCGUGCAACUCCAGCCUGCAGCAGCUGCAGCUGGGAGGAUGCGGGCUGGGAGCUGAGGGAGUCAAGGGCCUUGCAGGCAUCCUGAGGAGCGCGAGCUCCCUUGCGCAUGUAGACCUGCACCACAACCUCAUCGGGCCGAGCAGCAUCAGGGUCAUCGGGGAGGCGCUGGCGAGCAGAAGCAUGCUGCUGUCGCUGGAUGUGAGCGAGAACAUGAUUGGGUCCUGGGGGGUCGGCGACCUUUUCUCUUUUCUCCCUUGCUCCGUGACAAGGCUCAACCUGUGGAACAACCGGAUCCAUGCCGAGGGUUGCCGGAGGCUGGCCGGGGCCCUCCCGCGCCUGGAGAGCCUGCAGUCCCUGACACUGAGGAGUAACGACAUCAAGGACGCGGGUUGCAGCCUGGUGGUGAGCAGCCUGUCGAGGGGGAUCAGGCACCUUGACCUGCGGGAGAACAUGAUCACGGAGGAGGGAGCCAAGGCCAUCGCAGAGAACCUGCCGAGCAUGCGGAAGCUUUCCUGCCUGAUGCUCGACACCAACCUCAUCGGCGAUGACGGGGCCAAG